AUGGAUUUGCAUUGAGAGACGAAACAAUUCGUCUUCUGACAGCAAGAGUAAAGGAGUUGGAAGAAGACAAGAUUCAGAGAGAAAAUUGGUCAUUCCAAGUUGAAACUGAUUAUGUUUCAGGAGGCAGAAGAAGGGAGGGCGAGAUGCAUGGUGAUAAGGUGGGUGAUAAAGAAGCUGAUAAGGAGGAUGGUGAGGGUGAUAAGGAGGAGGGUGAUGAGGAGGAUGGUGAUGAGGGUGAUAAGGGUGAUGAUGAGGCUGAUAAGGAGGAGGGUGAUGAGGAGGAUGGUGAUGAGGGUGAUAAGGAUGAUGAUGAGGCUGAUAAGGAGGAUGGUGAUGAGGCUGAUAAGGACGGCGAGGAUGGUGAUGAGGUUGACAGUGAUGAUGAUGAGGCUGAUAAGGACGGCGAGGAUGGUGAUGAGGUUGACAGUGAUGAUGAUGAGGCUGAUAAGGACGGCGAGGAUGGUGAGAAGCAGAUUGAGGCAGAGGCUGAGAAGGAUGGUGAGAAACAGAUUGAGGCUGAGAAGGAUGGUGAGACAGCUGCUGAGAAGUUAGUGCAAGAUACUGAAGAGAGAUUUGAUGAGGAUGGAGAUGAGCAAUCUACACUUCAGAUUAUGGCAGACACUGCAGAGAGAUUUGAGAAGGCUGCUGCGGAAAAAGCUGCUGCGGACAAGACAGAUUCACAGGAUGCUGGUGAGAGGCCAAAGAGGGUGUCCAAGGUUUCUCAUUUGUUGAGGUCUCCUUUUACGCCAAACUAAUUUGGUGAAAUGUUGAACUAUGUUGUGUUUUUGGAACUUGUAUGUGUUUGUUUUAAAACUUAAAACGGAUGAACUUGUAUGUGUGUGUGUUUUAAAAACCUAAAUCCAAGCUUGUAUGUGUAUAAUUAAUUUGGUGGUUGAACAGGUUGCAUUUA